AUGUGUGACAGUUCGGAUGGGAAUGGUAUGGAAAGAGAGAAGGAAGCGCAACUUCAACAGGCUAUCAGUGCUUUCAUGCAACCGCCGUUCUUCAACGAUAUUUGCAUACGUAUCGUAACGAUUGAUCUAUCCAAUGGUCAUAGGAAUGAGGAGCAAGUGCUAGCAAACAAAUUUCUAUUAGCAUUUUUUUCGUUGCACAUUCGUGAAUUAAUCCUAAAUGGUGUUUAUUCAAUUGAUAGAAAUAAUGGCAUCCUACAAAAUAUACCGACAAUUGAGCUUCAUCUUGGCACCACCACCAAUGCUGCACAAGCUUUUAGGGUUAUUCUAAAAUAUCUUUAUACUGGAAUGCUUACAUUUGGUACUGUACAUCCACUUCAGGUGUUACAAGUAUCUCGCAUAUGUCAAAUUCCAAUGGUUGAAAUGCAAGUAGCAGAACUCGUAAAAUUAUUUCUAUCCAUUCAGUUCGAUGAAAGCAAUUGUUUUACAACGCAGCAUAAUAACAUUGCCAUAAAUUCAAGCUCAACAAGUUUGACAAAGCAACGGCAUUAUGUAUCGACAUCUAUGGAAAGGAAAAUUCAGAAAUCAUCAAAAAGUAUUGUUGAAAAUGAUUUAAUGAACAAUGAAUUGGUCGGUGCAUCAUCGAAAGAAACAUCUUUGACCGGACAAACCGGAAGUGCUGAACGAUUCAAUGAACUUGUCCUUCCAUCAAACGAUAAAGAAGGUUGGUGUCGUAAUAAAAAAUACAUCGAACAGGUAGCAAAUGGUUACAUGUGUACAGUAUGCCAUAAAGUUUACGGUCGUUAUAAUUCGGUAUCAUAUCACGUUACGAUAUAUCACCGUAAUUCACCUAUUAAAUGUGACGAAAAAGGUUGUCCGUUUAGGACACGUGAAGCACGAUAUAUUCAUUUCCAUAAAUACUAUCGACAUCAUAUUCCUUUACCGGAUAAUAUUGAUUUAGGUUCACGGAAAUGUCCAUUUUGUCGUCAUGUGUCGAAAAGUCCAGCAAUGCUUGAAAAGCAUAUAAGCCGCCAUGUACAGGAUGUAGACCGCGCUGCCUCAGUUGCUGCUGGAAUAUCACAGGAUCAUUUUUCACGAUAUUCUCAAACCAUAUCCAAUUUCCAAUGUUCAAAAUGUAGCUAUAGAGGACGAACAUCGGAUGAUUUGGAACGUCAUAAAUUAUUUGUUCACAAUAAAGAAACAUUCCGACGGAAACAAACUGCGCUCGCUGCUGUUGAUUGUAGUAAAAGUGCUAACAUUAAAAAUAACAUUUCGAAUGAAAUUUCUCUACGGGAUGAAAAAGUUCUAUUGGAUGAUAGCGUAGAAAGAGGGGAAGAGAUUGCGGAAAAGAUGAAAGCUAUUGUUUCAAGAACCACAACGACAACAGUACAAUUAGAGGCAAUGUGCCUUACAGUUCCUAAAGCGUAA